AUGCUUGAAACGAAUAUUUCUUAUGAUCCAACUUCUUUUGAUGUUCUAAUCAAGGACAUUGGCGCACAAGAUCUUCACAAAGUGAUUUCAGAUGAACUUAAUGUAGGGUAUCUCUCAGACUCAAAUCAAGAACAUGACGGUGAUGUAGAUGGAAUUAUUUAUGGUCGAGGCUUCCGACUUAUUUGUACUUUAACAGUUAAAAUAAGAGCAAAGAUCAAAUUUGUGCACUUUAUCGUCGAUACGGGUUCACCAUCAACAUACCUUUCCGAUGAUGCAUUAUCUGCAUUUGGCCUAACUAUUUCUAACCCAGAUUAUUUCAUUAAUGCAAGAAUCAAUAAUAAAGAUACAGUUGUUUUGAUGUCACCGCCAGGUUCGCACUUCAGUGGGAUAAAUCUUCUUGGAUCAGAAUUCUUGAAAUUUGCAGGAGCAACAUUAGUUGCUGAGUACCAUGAUAACUGUUUUACUCUGAGGUUUUAA